CAGAGAAGAAGAAGCCUAUGGCUAUCUCUCACACCUAGUCCUUUUCUCUGCCCUCUCUACUGCAAUUGUUUUCCUCACAUCCAACAACGCUGUCUCUGUAAUUGUACUGUGCCUCGUGACUCUCUCUUCUCUUCCCUUCUUUUGUGGCCCUUUGAUUUCUCUCCUCUUUUCCACUUUUCUUCAUUUUCUGCGUUCCCACAGCUCCUACUCUCUAGCUUACUAUAUAUCUUGCCCUAGUCUCGCCUGCCUUAGCCUGACUCAGCCAGCGAGGCUUCAAGGUCUUGGAAUAUCCAUAUAUAAAAGGCAAUCUCAUUCUUAGCUAAAGUGAAAUGUCUAGCAGAAGGUCCAGGCAGCAAUCGUCAUCAGGGUCUUCACCCAUCUCCGAUGACCAAAUCAUCCAGCUUGUCUCCAAGUUGCGUCAACUUGUUCCUGAGAUUCGCGAUACUCGUCGCUCUAACAAGGUAUCUGCUUCAAAGGUCCUACAAGAGACCUGCAACUACAUCAGAAGCUUAAACAGAGAAGUGGACGACUUGAGCCAGCGACUCUCUCAGUUGUUGGCCACAAUCGAUGCUGAUAGUGCCGAGGCUGCCAUCAUUAGGAGCCUCAUUAAUCCGUAAUUAAACAUGUAAUGUCUCGCUAUUUAUUUAAGAAUAUAUAUAUAUAUAUAACACAUAUAUAAGCAUGUGUACUUCCCAUUUUAGUUGGGGAUAUCUUUGAGUUCAGUGUGGAGGGGUGUACGUAUGGCACGUAAAAAACUUGUUUCAUUAUUAUAAAAAUUAGGGCAUUUGGUAUUAGCUCUAUCUAUGACUGAUCUGUGCCUGUCAUAUAUUUCUGUGGACAUAAUAUAUGACCCAAACGUAGAGUUUCCUUUUUAUCAAGCUUUCCCAGUGAUCUGCUUUAAUUAGCGAAUGUACUUAGAGGAGUGGGUAUGUGUCAGAAUUGCAAAAGACAUGCAUGUGUAACUGAUGGUAAUAAUUAUAUAUAUAAUUAUCGAGAGUUUUCGCUUAUGUAUGUAGAUUAUUGAUUGUUUGGCAGACUAUUAGAUAAUUUGAGAUAUAUGGUAUUUUGUA